UUAAACGUGAAUAAAUUGUUGUUGUAUAAAAGUUGACAACUUUAUUGCCGUGUCCCGACGUAAAUCUUACAUCCAUCGAUUAAUUGCAAUCAAAGAAGCGUGCGAAACAAUGGAACGAUGAAAGUAAUUUGCGUGCGUGACUAAGUAUUUUGUAAAUAAAAAAAAUAAUAAUAAAGUUGGCGUGGGCAUCGUUUGUUUACGUUUCCGGUUGCGGUGGCAACGCUUCGUCCGCGUGUUUACAAACAAAGUAGCGGCUUCAUUUUUAUUUAAGAUUCGCUUAGAUUUAUUUGUAGAUUUUUUUGUACAUUAAGUUAAUUAGUUUGGAGGUGAAAGAUGUUGGUGGUGGACGUUUACGAGAGUAAUCUGAGGAUUGUGCACAAAGCAACAUUCUUCUCGAAAACUGCGUGGUUCGUUUUCGCUGUUUCCUGUCUCUCCCUGAUAUUCCCAUUCGUUUUCUCAUACAGAAGUCGAGGUUUUUGGUUGAAGCAUGACACGUUCUUCGAGCAACCGGACGUGCGAUUCAGAGGGGAAUUCCUAUUCGUCGGCAUAACGAACAACCUGAGCAACUUGAUCAUCUGCAAUAACUUCAAUUACGUUCAGGAAUUCCAAGCGUUCGAUACAUGUACAACAGUCAAGGUCAGGGAGAUUGACUACAACUUCGAUAAGAGAAUUGACACUUUCGGCUUCCAAAUGAACGUGAAUCUUCCAAUCGAUGAGCAACUGCAGCGUUUCACUUUAAUUUUAGGUUUAGAUUAUAAGCUUCAAUCAACUUGUCCGUUGGUUAUGCAAUCUGCGAUCAUAAUCCAAGAGGAUUCUAUAAGAGAUUCCCAAGCUUUCGAUCUGCGAGCCAAUUUACACCUGCACCAGAAUUCUCCACUGAAAUGCAUCAAUAAGCGAACGGAUUACACCUACAACUUCAAUAUCUUCGACUCUGAUCAAGACUACGAGAAUUACCGGAUCGAAACUAUACUCCGACAAUACUUGGAACGGAAUGUGAGUACGCAUCUGGGGGAAGUGUACAAAUUCGCAAAGCCCGGAAACGGAGAGGAAUUUCGCAUCGAGUUGACUGUGCACUAUCCGGAAGUCAAAGUCAACUAUAAGACGAGUUUCUGGCAGGUCGUGAAAUUCGCCUGGAUUCAAUAUUUGGCUGUUUACGUGGUCUUCGCAUACAUUGCUAAAAGAAUCGUGCAAUACGUCUUCGACAAUAACUUGCUUCUGCAUUACAAGCUUUGUCCGUUCAAGAAGAAAGAUUGAAAGUAAAACUCAAAGAUUUAU